UCCAUCCUGGGAUGAAGAAUCAAUAAAUAUACUUGGUGGAGACUUUAAUGUUAAUAUAGAUCCUAAGACAAACCAUGUCAGUCAAGCUAUGGUACAAUCAGAUUCAACAUGCUUACAACUUAAAAAUCUUACAAAUAAAUUCAUCAACUCAGCAACUCUUGAAGAGG